AAAUAAAUAUUUACAAACAAACAAGAAAUGAUUAUUUGAUAUCCUUAAUUUAGAUUAAUAACGGCCAAAGCGGUGAGCUAUCCAUCUUUGCUUAUAAAUGGAUCGAACCCGACGACUGUGUAGUUUCGUCAAGUUUACAAACAAAUCAUUUCCCAGAAAAACAGAUCCGAAUUUGAAUCGGCAUAAAAAUGGAGAAAGCGAUCGAGAGGCAAAGAGUUCUUCUUGAACAUCUCCGUCCUUCUUCCUCCCACAGUUUCGAGGGCUCUCUCUCUGCUUCUGCUUGCUUGGCUGGGGACAGUGCUGCUUAUCAAAGGACCUCUCUCUAUGGAGAUGAUGUUGUCAUUGUCGCAGCCCAUAGAACUGCACUUUGCAAGUCCAAACGUGGCAACUUCAAGGAUACUUAUCCUGAUGAUCUCCUUGCACCUGUUCUUAGGGCUUUGAUAGAGAAGACGAAUCUAGACCCAAGUGAAGUUGGUGACAUUGUUGUGGGUACUGUUUUGGCACCGGGGUCUCAGAGAGCCAGCGAGUGCAGGAUGUCUGCUUUCUAUGCUGGUUUCCCUGAAACCGUGGCGGUGAGGACUGUGAAUAGACAGUGCUCCUCUGGGCUUCAGGCUGUUGCUGACGUUGCCGCUGCCAUCAAAGCUGGAUUUUAUGAUAUUGGUAUUGGGGCUGGAUUGGAGUCCAUGACUACCAACCCAAUGGCAUGGGAAGGGUCAGUCAACCCAGCGGUGAAGAAGUUUGAGCAAGCACAGAAUUGUCUUCUCCCUAUGGGUGUUACUUCCGAAAAUGUAGCACACCGCUUUGGUGUCUCAAGGCAGGAGCAAGACCAAGCUGCUGUUGACUCGCACAGAAAGGCAGCUGCUGCUACUGCUGCUGGUAAAUUCAAGGAUGAGAUAAUUCCAGUUAAAACCAAGCUUGUUGAUCCAAAGACAGGUGAUGAGACACCAAUUACAGUUUCUGUUGAUGAUGGGAUCCGAGCAAGCACAACCCUUGCCACUCUUGGGAAGCUGAAGCCAGUAUUUAAGAAGGAUGGCACAACAACCGCUGGAAACUCCAGUCAAGUAAGUGAUGGUGCAGGAGCCGUUCUCCUCAUGAGGAGAAGUGUUGCUACGCAAAAAGGACUUCCUGUCCUUGGUGUAUUCAGGACAUUUGCUGCAGUUGGUGUUGAUCCAGCAAUCAUGGGUGUCGGUCCAGCAGUUGCCAUUCCAGCUGCAGUUAAGGCGGCUGGUUUAGAACUCGAUGACAUCGACUUGUUUGAAAUCAACGAGGCAUUUGCAUCUCAGUUUGUUUAUUGCCGUAACAAACUGGGACUUGACGCCGAGAAAAUCAAUGUCAAUGGUGGUGCAAUGGCCAUAGGACAUCCUUUGGGCGCUACAGGAGCACGUUGCGUUGCUACUUUGUUGCACGAGAUGAAGCGCCGUGGAAAAGACUGUCGUUUUGGGGUAGUGUCGAUGUGCAUUGGGACGGGGAUGGGUGCAGCGGCUGUGUUUGAGAGAGGAGAUGGAGUUGAUGAGCUUCGCAAUGCAAGGAAAGUUGAAGCGCAAGGCUUUUUGUCCAAGGACGCUCGUUAGAGAUAACUGAAUGUGUACAAGCAUCAAACACACAUUUCAGUUCUCCAAAUAUUACAGUUAUUUGAAUAAAGCAUUACAAUCAAUGUUUGCCCGAGUCUUGUAUCCUUCUUGACCGGGUGGUGUUUUUAAUAUAUCUUUUUUUUUU